AUGGAAGAAUCUGACUCAGAAAUGGAACUUUUUUUACCAAGCAUGUUGAGAACUUUACUAUCAGCUCACAGUGGCUUAGACCCAAAAGAUGAUGAAAAUCUUCUUUUAAACACGCUGCAAAGACUGGUCACAAGCAUCAAAUGGGAACCUACAGAAGCUGCUGAAUUGUUUGGUGCUCUCAUGAAGAGAUUUGAGUUAACAGAAAAAGAUGGCUCUGAUCUUAUCCCUUGGAUGCUGGAAAUGCUACACUGCAUUGAGAUCAAUUACAUCACUCCCACUUGGAAAUGUCAAAUGAAAAGGACAUUGAUCGAAUGUGUACAAGACAAGAACCUAACAAAUGAAGGCCUCAAGAAACUUUUGGCUGAUGACAGAGACAAGACACUUGAUGAAAUUCUUGAGGAAAUCCGCCAACAAGAGUUAAAUGAUAUUGAUAAAGAGCUUUUACGUCACGUGAAAGAUAUCGUAUCAUCAGUUAAUAGAGCUCUUGAUACACAAAAAGAUGCAUCACAGAUGAGUGGCUUGAAAAAGGACCUGUUGGAGCUUUGUCAGGCAGUGGAAAAAGUAAAAUUCAGACCCCGACUGACACAGAUGGUGAGCUGGUGCAUUAUGGUUCUUUCUGACACAGGCCGGUUAAUUCAGGUUGCGACUGGAGAGGGAAAGUCAUGUAUCGUGGCAAUGUUUGCUGCGCAUCAAGUCAGGAAGGGUAGAAAGGUAGACAUCAUGUCAAGCUCACCAGUUCUUGCAGAAAGAGAUUUAAUGGAUUGGAAAAAAUUUUAUAAAAAGCUAGGACUAACUGUCAGCUGCAACUGCAACAAGCAAGAUGAGGACUCAAAAGAGUGCUAUGAGAGUCAGGUUGUUUAUGGCACAGUGGAGGAAUUUGCCGGUGACUGGCUUCAACACCACUUUCUAAGAAAGGACACAUUUGGGAAAAGAAAACAUGAGUGUGCAAUUGUGGACGAAGUAGAUUCUUUGAUGCUGGAUAAGGGACUUCAUGUGGUUUAUAUAAGCAGUGAUAUGCCAGCUCUGCACCAUCUCAGUCCACUCUUAGCAUUUAUAUGGUCCACUGUUAAUCAGUACAGUAAGAUUGGCGGGGAAAUAACUGUCGGGCGAAAAUGCCCCUUUCAUCAGGUUGUGCUUGAAAGCAUAAAAAGUGAAAACGUCAGUGAGUUCACUAUCCUUCAAAUGGCUGAGGACACAGGUUUACUGACACGAGGUUCAGUCAAGGUUCUCAGAAAGAGUAUGAGCCUAUUACCUGAAAAAAUGGCCAACAUUACCAUCAACCAAAUGGCAAAAUUCCUCAACGAGGUAGAGAGGAAAUACCCACCAUGCCAGUUUGCUUUGUACUGCAUGACUGAUGAUGGAGCAAUAGAGAAGGUGAACAAAGGACCACAAACAGAAACGGGUGACCAACAGAGAGUCCCACUGGUUUUAAUCGAUGGUGGCUUCUGUCAGUACAUCUAUUCCAAUCAAGAACGUACACAGGCUGCUGCAGAGGCAGAAAUAAAACAAGCUUUAAGAUACACAUCGUGUGAUCUUAGCCAAGAUAAGUCUACCUGCUACAUCCCUGGCUUCCUCUCUGAUCUGGUUGAAUCUAAACUCAAGGUUUGGAUAGAAAAUGCAUUCCUUGCAAAGACCAUGUCAAGAGAUCGUGAGUAUGUACUGGAGAGACACGGGGUUGUGCCUGUUGACUACAGCUGCACAGGGGUCAUUGAAAACGACAUGAAAUGGACGGAUGGACUCCAGCAGUUUCUUGAAAUGAAACAUGGAGGCAAGUUGAGUGACAUGACAGCGAUCACAAACUAUAUGUCCAGUGUCGGCAUGCUUCAGAAGUACGGAAAUCAGAUCUUUGGAAUCUCUGGAACUCUUGGCCAAAAAGCAGAAACUGAGACCCUGCAGAAAAUCUAUGAAGGAAUCAAAACCUGUCAGAUACCAACAUUCAAACGCAGAAAGCUGUUUGAGGUUGAAGGUGUGAUUGUAUGUAAUGAUGAGGAAUGGAGAAAGAAAAUCUGUGAGGUUGUCUCUACACAAACCAGUUCUACAACGUUUAGGGGUCAAAGAGCUGUUUUGGUCAUCUGUGAGACCAUCGGUCAUGCAAAGGACCUUUACCAUGCGCUAGGAGAUCAAAUCCCAGCCAAAAAGCUUUACAUAAGCAACAACAUGGACAACGCUGCAGUCUUUGCUCAACUUGGAGCCGGAGAGGUGAUCAUCGCAACUAACCUUGCAGGUCGUGGGACAGACCUUCAAGUCUCCAAGCCAGUGAAGGCAGCCGGAGGUCUGUUUGUUGUGCAGACUUUCCUACCAAAGAAUGCUCGUGUGGAAGCACAGGCGUUUGGUCGCACUGCUCGACAAGGGGCUCCUGGAUCUGCUCAGCUAAUUGUCUGCUCUGGACAUCUGCCAGAACGACUCCAGCUACUUGUUUAUAUGCGGGAACUUUUAGCUUUACUGGAGAGUAUUGUCGAAGUCACCUCAGUUUUACAAAGUUGUUUUAUGAUGCGGCUGAGGUCGUAUCAGAGGAGACAUGGUGCUCAACAAGCCCAAGUUAUGUCUUCAAUGCUGUCUCAGAUUUUGUCUGAAAGCUCCAGUUCAGUGCUGAAGAAAGUUAAAAAGAUCAGAGAUGACUCUGUGAAUAGUGGACUCGACAGUUUCUUGAAGGAGGACAUUCCACAGAUUAAGAAGAAAGAAGAACUCUUCUGUCAGUACUUGAGGUUUGUUGAUGAGAUUCACCAAGACUCAGACAACAAACCAGAAGAGUCAUAUUUCUCUGCCCUAAAUGAAUCCUGGGGCAUGUGGCUACUCAUGGACUUUAAUGCAAGUGACUGUAUCACAGAGUUGAAGAAAAAACUAGACAAGGACUUGAAAGCAGCCAAGGAAAAAGUCAGUCAGAGGGAAUCACCCCUAUCAAACCUGCACCACUACACAGUAACUGGAAAUGAGCUACGUGAGAAGGGGCAUCUUGCAGAGAGUAUCAAGAUGUACACUAAGGCCAUUCAGAUGGACCACUGUUGGGCAGCAGUUGCAUACUACAACCGUGCUUUUGCAUCUUUGACCCAACAAAACGGUCACCAGGAUCCAGACUGCAUUCGUCAAGCUCUUGAAGAUUUGCAGUUAGCACUGAAGUCUGCUGAGCUCUACUGUGAGCAAAAUGAGGUUACUGAGAGAUACUCAAAGCCAGAAAUCGGGGACCUACGUGGUGAUUUUUGUACCAGAAUUGAAUGCCACAUGCUAGCUAGAAAAAAAGUGUGGGAUUAUUUCAAGGCAAACAUCACUGAAGCUAUCAAGAAGGUAGACAGGGCCGAUGAUUUUGGUGGGACCGUGAGAGUGGAGGAGAGUCUAGUCUACUUUUUGGCUCCAGUGGAGGAUCUUCUUCUCUUGUCAAUCUUCUUGACUGUGUCACAGAUUCAAAUCCCCUCCAGAGACCCACUUAGGAUCCAUCAGCUUACUAGUGAGCCCUCCUUUGACAUUAUCCAUGAACUCAGCUGCCUUAAAUCUCUGGGUCUGACUCAGGUCUAUACUGUAGACACAAUGUUUUCUGUGGGAGGCCUUCUCUCAAAGGUUAAGAGAAAAUUGUUUUGA